AUGGUGGCUCACGAGGCUCAGGAGCAGCAGCAGCAGCAGACCCUCUUCCUGCUGCAGCAGGAGGUGCAGCUGGAGCAGCCUCGCAUCUGUGACGCCCCAAGCAGCGACGGAAGCAACGAGGGCAACAGAUGCAGCAAACGCAGCAGCAGCUGCUGCAACAGCAGCAGCAGCAGCAGCUGCAGCGGCGAUGUCAGCAGCCUCAAGAGCAGCCCCAGAAGCCGCAGCAGCCGCAGCAGGGACAGCAGCAUCGCAUCCUCAGCGUCCCCCCGUGUUCCCGCCACCGGCAGCCCCGCAGUAGAAGCAGCAGCAGCAGCUGCAGCAGCAGCAGCAGCUGCUGCUGCUGCGGCAGCACCAGCCUCAGCUGGUGUGCAGCCCCAGCAGCAGAGUCUAGUCGAAGUGCAGGUGGGCCCACGUCUGUUCCACGCCACGUGGGAAACAGCCUCGAAGUGCCCUGCGCUGCUGCAGCAGCUGGAGCAGCAGCAGCAGCAGCAGCAGCAGCAGCAGCAGCAGCAGGGGGUCCCUCGCCUGGUGCUGGACUGCCACCCCGAGAUCUUUGCCAUUGUACUGACUUACCUGAGGACUGGGGAAAUAGACAAGGAGCUGCUGCUGCAUGCAGCGCAUGCAGCUGUGGGGCCCCACACCACUGCAGCAGCAGCAGAACGGCUGCUGCGCAGGGAGUUCCGGCUGCUGCUGCUGCCUUGGCCGGACAAGUGCAGCCGCUGCGGCUCUCUCUAUGACUCGCAGCUCUACGCAGACCUGCCGCAGAGGGGGCCCCCCUCGCGGCAGCCUCGAGGGGCCCCCCAGGGGCCCCCAGGGGGGCCCCCCGGGGGGGCCCCCCAGGGGGGCCCCCAGGGGGCCCCCCUGGGGGCCCCCUUGGGGACCAUGAAGGGCGUGCCACUCUGUUAUGUCCACCCGGGGCAGCUCAAGAGCAGCAGCAGCAGCAGCAGCAGCAGCAGCAGCGCAGCGGGCAGCAGCAGCUACAGCUGCUGCGGCUCCGCUGAAGACGAUGUGGGCUGCACAGCAGCGCUGCACUGCAGCAGCAAAAUGCCAGUGGGGGGCCCCUACAGAAGUGCAGCAGCAAUUAGGCAGCAGCGGGGGGUGCUGCUGCGUCCGGAGUGCGCCCAGCAGCAGCAGCAGCUGCAGCACGUGCAGCAGCAGCAGCAGCAGCGCCAGUGCUUCGGCACCAGCUGCUGCGCCUCACACUGUUCAGACACUGACACCCCAGAAGCAGCAAAUAGUUCAUCUCUCAGCGCAGCAAGCUGCCCCACACAUGUUUGCUCCUUGGCUGCAGCAGCAGGAGCAGCAGCAGCAGGAGCAGCAGCAGAAGCAGCAGCAGCGACGGAACCAGCAGCAGCAGCAGCAGCAGCAGCAGCAGCAGAGGACACGCCCCAAAGUGGAGCUUCAGGAGAUGUACGUACACCUCUAAACGGAAACGCUGUGCACUGCGCCGUGACCCUGCAGCAAAGUGCUGCUGCUGCUGCUGCUGCUGCUGCUGCUGCUGCUGCAGCAGUUGGCGCUGACGCUGCUGCCGGAGAAGGGACUGCCGCAGGCGAGGCAGGAGACGAGCAGCAAGACCAGGAGCAGCAGCAGCAGCAGCAGCAGCAGCAGCAGGAAAGCUGGGCUUGCGCAGCAUCUCAAAUAGUGCCCUAUGGACAGCAGCAGAACCUCCAGGCCCGCCCCUACGCGGAGGGGGGCCCCCCGUAUGCAUGCGUGGGGGGCCCCCAGUACCCUUGUUCCUUUUCUUGUUCUAGUACUUCUUACGUGGUAUCGAAAGAAGAAGAGGCCUAUCAGCAGCAGCAGCAGCAGCAGCAGCAGCAGCAGCAGACUGUGUCGUACGCUGUGGCGCUGCCGCAGCAAUACUUAGGGGAGCAGCAGCAAGAUGCCCCAUACCCUGCAGCUCUGGGGGGCCCCCUGGGGGCCCCCGGGGGCUGCCCCUGUUUGGGGUCUCAGGGUUUUUGGGGCCGCGAGUACGUGGGCGUGCAGCAGCAGCAGCAGCUGGAGCAGCAGCAGCAGCAGCAGCUGCUGCAGCUGCAGCAGCAGCAGCAGCUAAUGAUGAUGAUGAUGUACUGCCCCUUCUUCUGCCCCUACAGUGGCACCACCUGGGAUUGUCUCUUUUCCCCAAGUUGCAUGCCCCAGCCCCAGGGGCCCCCAGGGGGGGCCCCUGCGGGGGCCCCUGGGGGGCCCCCAGGGGGGGCCCCCGCAGGGGCCCCCUCCGCAUCAGAGGAGGGGCCCCCGGGGCCCCCCGGGGGGCCCCCGGGGGCCCCUGACUCGCUUUCCCUGGUCAACAUAGUAGAGGAUACUGAAGGGUACAGCCCCGGGGCCCCACAAGCUGCCGUUGCUGACGAGGGCCCCGGGGGGCCCCCCUGCGGGGGCCCCCCUGAGGGGGCAGGCUGCGAGGGGCCCCGUGGGGCCCCAGCCUCUGGGGGCCCCGGACAAGAGGUUGCUGCUGCGGCUGCACCUGCAGCAGCAGCAGCAGCAGCUGCUGCUGCUGCUGCUGCGCGGGGGCCCCGGGGCCCCAGCGAAUGCUUCCUGGAGCGCUGCCAGUGGGGGGCCCCCCUCGCCUGUGGGGCCGGCGGCCGCGAGGGUUUAGGGUUUUGUUUGGGGGGCAGCAGCGACAUAGAAGAUGUAAGAAAACCCAACAAGCUUUUUGCUGACAAGGGGGGCCCCCUGGGGGCCCCCUCAGCGCGGCUGGCCUGCUGCAGAAGGAGGGGAAGGCCCGCGCUCAAGGGGCCCCAGGUGACCCUCCCGGCCCCAGAGGCCACCGCGCAUGCAGCAGCAGCAGCAGCAGCAGCAGCAGCAGCAGCAGCAGCAGAGGGCGGGGAGCAGCAGGGGCCCACCGAAGCCGAAAUGGCUGGGGGGCCCCCCCCUGAAGAGCUUCAGGGGGAAGAGGCUGCAGAGGUGACACAGGGGGAACUUGCAGAAGCUGAUGCUGCUUGGUCAACUGAGCAGCAGCAGCAGCAGCAGCAGCAGCAGCAGCAGCAGCAGCAGCAGCAGCAGAAAGGGGAGGAGGAAGAGCUGCAGCAGGACGAGGAGCAGGCACACCAGCAGCUGCAGCAGAAGCAGAAGCACAAGCAGCAGCAGCAUUCCCAGCAGCAGCCCCACCAGCAGCAGCAGCAGCAGCAGCAGCAGCAGCAGCAGCAACUGGCCCGCCCUCGCGCGAGGCCCAGCCCGAGGCCCCACGGAGUCCAAAAUGCCCAGGGGCCCCAGGGGGUACCCCAGGGGCCCCAGGGGGCCCACCCGCCAAACCCUUUAUUUAAGACUCGGAUGUGUCAGUUGUACAAGAGUGGGCUCUGCCGGCUGGGAUUUAUCGCGGCUGCAAGUCGCCUCCGGCCUGUUGAGCCCGAAUUUAGGGGCCUCUCACCGCUGCAAGUUUGCGCACGCGCUGCGGGAGCUGCGGUCAACAGCAGACUGCUACAAAACCAGUUUGUGUUUCUUUUGGCUCAACGGCUUUUGCAGGGCUGGGGCUGCAUGCAGACACGCCCACGGCGAAGACGAAGUGCGCCUCAAGUGCACUUACAGCUGCCCCUAGCGCCGCAGCAGCAGCAGCAGCAGCAGCUGCUGCAGCAGCAGCAGCAGCAGCAGCAGCUGCAGCAGCAGCAGCAGCAGCAGCAGCAGCUGCUGCAGCAGCAGCAGCAGCAGCAGCUGCUGCAGCAGCAGCAGCAGCAGCAGCAGCAGCUGCUGCUGCUGCUGCUGCAGCUGCAGGAGCAGGAGCAGGGGAGGAGCUGCAAAGCAGCAGGUGCAGCCGCAGCGGCUGCUGCUGCUGCUGUGCCUGCAGACGCAGUGGCAGGUAGAGCAGCUGCAGGUGCACCAGCAGCAGGGGCAGCAGCUGGGGCGCGAAGGAUUCCCUUUCCUGCGGUGGAGGACGCUGCUGCUGCUGCUGCUUCGCAGCAGCAGCAGCAGCUGCGAAGCAGCAGCAGCAUUAGCAGCAGCAGCAGUAGUAGUAGUAGUAGUAGCGGCAGCAGCAGCGGCAGCGGCGGCGGCGGCGAGAGCAGCGGCGGCAGCAGCGGCGACACCAGCGGCAGCAGCAGCGGCAGCAGCAGCAGCAGCAGCAGCAGCAGCAGCAGCGGGACUGAUCUCAUUUAA